AUGGUUUCUUUUAUUGAGGCAGACUUGGAUGUAGUGCAGCAUCCACACAACGAUGCCCUGGUGAUAACGCUGAAGAUUAAAGAAUGCCAGGUGAGGCACAUACUGGCUAAUCAAGGCAGUUCUUGUGACAUCAUGUACGUUAGAUGUUAUAAGGAGCUCGACCUUCACCCAAAUGAUCUGAAACAAUUUGACAGCCCGAUGGUUGGAUUCAAUGGAACGCCAACGUGGCCUCUUGGAGCCACGAAUUUAGAGGUGCAGGUAGGCACCAAGAAGGUAAGCACGGAGUUUACAGUAAUUGACACCCUCUCUCUUUACAAUGUUAUUUUGGGAAGACUGUGGUUGCACGCAAUGAGGGUUAUUCCCUCAACGCUACACCAGCUGUUGCGAUUCCCAACCGAACAGGGGAUCGAGGAGGCUAGAGGGGAUCAGGUGUAG